GUUGGCCUUCAGGGCCUCCGUACAGAAUAAAUUACUUUAAAUAUAAGUGAGACUCUGAGAUAACACAGUUGAUCGAUCCGUGAUCGGUGUUAUUGAUGACUCAUAUCAGAAACCAAACUCCUGUGAUAAAUGUUUUGUUUUUUGAUCACAGGGAAAACUCUGUACUACUCUAUGAUCGAUUAAUCGUGCUGGAUCGAUCGGUGGUUUCGGACCGAACCGUCGGUCUCUUACCUUCGUCGGCCGAGCAGCGGGUCAGCAGGAGCAGCGGGAGAAGGAGCAGCAGCAGCCCGCAGGAGGAGGCCCGUCCCCCGGACUCAGGGGCCCGCACACCCCGCAGACCCUCCAUCCCCUCCGGAAUCCUGACUGGAUGAGACCCGAGGAUCCCUGAUCGAUCCGGGUCGAUCACACCUAUAGAUCCCUGAUCGGUGACGUCAGCUGGGCUCGCUCUCAGCCGGCCGCGCGCGCCUCAUUGGAGCCGAAAAGUGAAUAAAAAUCCAGAAAAGGGUUUUAGAGUGAAGAAGGAGAAGAAGAGGAGGAGGAGGAGGAGAAGGUCUUCAGAGGAGGAACAACUCCAAGAUGGACGCCUCCAAAGACAGACAGAAAAAAAGUCCCAAAAACAGAAAAAAAACUGAAGAAAAAGAAGAAAAACUGGAGUCUGAUAACCUCCACUCCUCUGUCCGGGUCUCCUUCAUCCCUCCAUCCCGACUCUCCGUCUGUUUUUCUCCUCUUUCUUUCUUUCUUUCCUCCGAGACAGGAGAGCGGGGCGCGGCUGUCCCUGAGGCCGGGAGAGGAGCGCUGAGAGGCGGCCUGCCGAGCGGAGAGGUGUCGGUGUGUGUCUGCGGGACCAGAAAGAAGCACACACACUCUCUGUGUCCUCUAACACACACACGCACAUGCACGGACACACUGGGGGUCAGAUAUCUGUGUGUGUGUGAGUGUGUGUGUGUGUGUCCUGUCCCAGUGCUCCCAGUGUGUCUCUGCGGGACCAGUUUAAACAUCCACUAAACUUUAGACAAAAGCAGCCGGACACGCCGAGGACACGCCCCCCACAGUCUGUGAUUGGCUCGACGGCCUGUCAUCGUUCAAAGGGGCGGGGUUAGGGUAAUGAUUGACAGACAGAUGUGCAGGAAUGUGUGUGUCUGCCCGCCUGUCUGUCUCUCUGCAGAAACCAACAAAAACACAACAAAGUUCGAUUAAAACCGAUUAAAAAGAGACAAAUUAAGGUUUUUAAACUCUUUUAAAUCUUCACAGAAUCAUCCGGGUUCUUAUUUUUCCUCCUACAUUUAAAAAAAAACACUUUAAACUGAGUUUUUAACUCUAAAUGUGAAACUAACAGUUCGGGUUUGAUAUGAACUUAAUGAGUCUGAGAGUUUAUUUACAUGAAACUGGGAUCCUCUCCCUCUCUCUCUCUGUCUCUCUCUCUCUGUCUCUCUCUCUCUCUCUCUCUCUCUCUCUCUGUGAGCUCAGUGUCUCUCGCCCAGUCUGAGAAACUGAAUACACACCUGACCUGAGUGUGUGUGUGUGUGUGUGUGUGUGUGUGUGUGUGGUUCACCGACAAUAGAACAAAGGGGGGGUGUUUGAAUAAACUUUAUUAACUAAACUCACGUGAACAUACAGGAGACCUUUGACCUCCGUACAGACGAGGAAAAAACUAAAACUGUAAGAAAAGAAAGAAAAAAUAAAAAACAACAAAUAGAGAAGAGAAGAAAAGAUGAAGGACAAAAGAGAGAGAGAGAGAGAGAGAGAAAGAAAGAAGAGAGAAGGUGAGAGAAAAAAGGAUGAAAAAUAAAAAAUAAAAAAGGAAGAUAAAGAAAAAAUAAGAACAACAAACAAAUAGAAAGGGAAGAAAAGAGAGAAGAAAACAUGGAAGAGAGAAAAAGAGAGAGAGAGAGAGAAAGAGGGAAAGAAAAGAAAAAGAAAGAAGGGAAGAAAAAUUUGAAGGAAAGAAAAAGAACUAAGGAUAAAAAAGAAAAAAUAAAGAAGUGAAGAAAGAGAAAAGAAAAAGACAGAAGAACAACAAAUGCAGAGGGAAGAAAAGAUAGAAGCAAAAAACAGAAAUAAGAAAAAAGCAAAGAAUAAAGAAAGAAGGGAAGAAGAAAUUGAAGGAAAGAAAGAAUAAAAACGAAAAAAUAAAGAAGGGAAGAGAAAAAGAAAAAGACAGAAGAACAACAAACAAAUAGAAAGAGGAGAAAAGAGAGAAGAAAAGAUGGAAGACAGGAAAAGAGAAAAAAAGGAUGAAGAUGGAAAAGAAAGAAAAAAAUUCACGACUUUGAAACAAAAACGUAAACAGACUCACCUGUCUGAUGAUGUCAUCACCGUCCACCUGAAGGGGUCAGAGGUCACAUGUCCCUGAACUCCAGCUGAUGACGUCACAGGAAGUGGUUUUUGCGACCCCGAUCCAGGAGAGGGAUCAGACCAGAACCAAGACCAACACCUGCUCCGACCCGGGACCCGUGUCUGAACAGAGACCAGGACAGCAGGUCUCUGCAGACCCACAUGUGAGGGACUGGAGUCCAACCAGGACCGCUGGACUUCCACAAUACUGAGCUGUAGAGCUGAGAGCGCCCCCUACUGUUCAUAUUUAUAAAACUAACUUUGUUUUCAUCUCUGACUCUGAAUUAUUACAGAUAUUGAUGAUCAUAACUGUGAUUGAUUGAUUGACUUUGUUCUUGUUUGAUUUUCAGACUCUUUCAUCUCAUGAACUUUUAAAUCUUUAUUAACUUUAGUAUUUUUUAUUAUAUUUGAUCAGAGUUUAUUAUAGUUUAUUAUAUUUGAUCAGAGUUUAUUAUAGUUUAUUAUAUUUUAUUAUAUUUUAUUAUAGUUUAUUAUAGUUUAUUAUGGUUUUAUCGUUUUAGUUCCCAGAUCCAGAGUUUCAUCGGUCCCCUGUGUGUGUAUCUGUGUGUGUGUUUGUGUUGAAUGAGGUUUGUUUUUUGUAUUUUUAUUUAUUUUAUUGUUUUAAUAUCCUGCGUAAACAAACAUCACUUUGUUUUACAUUCUCUGUAUGAAAAGUGAUUUAAAAAUAAAGUUUGAUUGAUUGAUUGAUUGAUAAACAGCUGACCCAUCAUCUCUGCUGCUCUGAUUUAUUGAUCUGUCUCCUCAUUGGCUCGUUCUGUACGGAGUCAGAUUAGGGUCAAAAAUAAUCAAACUGAACUUCUUCAGAGAGAAAAAAACUCACUGAAGAGAAAAAAGUCAAACUUUAAACUUAUAAACUAAAUAUUUAUGUAAUUUUAUAAACUUCUGAUCUUUGACUUUUUCUCAUCUUUCCUUUUAUUUUUAUUUAUAUAAUAAAUAAAUAUAUUUAUUUACAAUUUCAUAAAUAAUUAGUUUGUAAGUUUCAAGUUUGACUUUUUUUGCUUCAGGAGUUUUUUUCUCUCUAAUUCUUAUUUUUUGUUUGAUACUAAUCGGACUCCAUAGUUAUUGAUAAUCACUAGUUGCCAUAGAAACAGCUGAUCAGCAUGGAGACCAAAGGUGAAGGUGUUAAAUAUCGUGAGAGCGUCGCCUCCUUCUUUCUGUCAGAGGAGAAAAGACCAGAGUCAGGUAUCACCUCCUCCCCCUUCAUCCCCUCAUCCUCUUCUGUUUGUCAGGAGGUGUGAACGACAGAACAGAGGACAAAAGGAAGAGACGACAGGAAGGAGGGACAGAGGAGGGAGGAGGGGGAGGAGGAGGAAACCUGAGGAUCAGAGGAGAGGAGAAGAAAACUCAUAAAAGAAGGAGAACAGAGGGAGACGAGAAAGAGAAAAAAGAGAAGAUGAACAAAUGUCCAAUAAAGAAGAGGAUGAAAAAGAAAAACACAGAGAGGAGGAAAAAGAAAGAGAGAAACGAAAAUAGAGACGAGGAAAAGAAAAAAAUGUACAACGAAAAAAAACAGAAAAGUAAAAAAGGAAAAAAAGAGAGGAAGAUGAAAUGUCCAAUAAAUAAAGAAGAGAAUGAAAAAGUAAAACACAGAGAGGAGGAAAAAGAAAGAAAGAAACGAAUAUAAAGACGAGGUAGAAAAAGAAAAAGUAAAAAAGGAGAAAGAAGAAAGGAAGAUGAAGGAAAACAGAAAAAAAGGUGAGAAGGAAAAAUUACAAAAAGAAAGUUAAAAUGAGAAAAAGAUAAAAAAAAAACAGAGAAGGAAAGAAGGAAGGAAUUAAAAAAAAAAGAAAAAGGUAAGAACAGAACAGGAGAAUAAAAUUAUCCAAAAAAAGAAAAACCAUAAAAAGAAAGAAACAGAAAAAGAAAUAAAAAGAGAACACGGAUAGGUAAAAAAAAAAGAUGGAACCUAAAAAAUCAAGAAAAAAGAUUAUCAAUAAAAAAAUAAAAAAACAAAGAAAAAUGUAAAAAUGAAAAAGGGCACCAAGAAAAAGUAAGAGAGGAGAAAAAAGAGAGGAAGAUUAAAAAAACUAAAGAAAUUAAGGUGAGGAUGAAAAAAAAAUUUAAAAAAGAAAGUUAAAGUUAAAAAAACAUGAAGAUAAAAAAGAAAAACAAAGAAGGAAAGAAUUAAAACAAAAAGUAAAAGUAAGAAGAAAACAGGAGCAUAAAAAUAUAGAAAAUAAAACCAAUAACAAAAAGAUGGAGGAGGAGAAAAAAGAUAAAAAAAAAUGGAAACAAAAGAACAGGAAAGAAAAAAUUGAACCAAAAAAUUAAAAAAAAACAAAGAAACUGAUGUUAAAAAAAAGAGUAAAAAUGUCACAGAAGAAAGAGAUAAAAAUAAAAGUAAGAGAGGAAACAACAGAAAAAAAGAGGAGGCAAUAAAAAAAACCAUGAUUUCAGUAUUAAGGAAGACAAAACAAGAAAACGAGAAAAAGAAAGACAGAAUAAAAGAAAGUAAAGAAAAAGAGGAAAGAAGGAAAACAAAGGGGAGACAAGAGUGUAGGAAAAGAGUUUAUUAUUAAAGGAGGUAGGACAGAAAAAAGGAAGGAUGAAUUCAGGACGAGAAGGAAGAAGGAAAGGAAGUGAGGAAGUGAAGGAAGGUCAGAAAUGGAGGGAACACAGGAGAGGAGCAUUGUGGGUAACUGUCACCUGUCUGUCAAAGUGAGACGUAGAGAAUAACAAAGAAGACGACAGGAAGAGGGGGAGGAGACAGGACUUUGACAGACAGGUGAUAGCCCUGCCCCUCUGUGAUGUCAUCGGAGGGAAAGGGCGGGAAAAUGAAAACUGGUUCAUUGAUUUUCUCAUUGAUUUAAAGGAAGAAUCUGAUACUAAAAACAAACUUUAUCGAUCGAUCGAUCGGUGAUCACAGCUGACUCACCUGAGUGUCGAUCGCCCCGGCCUCUUCAUUCACAGCUCUCUCUCUCUCUCUCUCUAAAGAGUGUUUCUUUUUUUCAUGAAUUAUUCUGUUUUUAGUAAAAAAUGAAGAACAGCUGAUCUGACUUCAUUUACACGUGUAUCUGACUCCACCUGCUGGACACUGAGAGAACAACACUCACCCGUCCACUGAUCAGUGUCUCUGGAGUUUAAUGGACCUUAAGUGGACCAAUGAGAUCAAUAUAAAUCUAAACCAAAUUAAUUAAUCCUAAUUCUGUUUAUAACAGGUGAGUUUAAUCCUUAAUCUAGUUUAAAUAGGUACAUUUAAUCCAUAAUCUGGUUUAAACAGGCGAGUUUAAGACCAGAUCUGGUUUAAACAGGUGAGUUUUAGCCUUUGUCUGAUUUAAACACGUGACUUUAAUCCUUAAUCUGGUUUAAUCAGGUGAUUUUAAUCCUUAAUCUGGGUGAAACAGGUGGGUUUUAUACUUGAUCUAACUUCAACAAGUGAGUUUUGUCCUCAAUCUGGUUUAACCAUACGAGUUUAAUCCUUAAUCCGGUUAAAACAGAUGAGUUUUAUCCAUAAUCUGGUUUAAAAAAUUGAGGUUAAGACUUAAUCUAGUUUUUUUUUAAAAGUGAGAAUAAUACUUAAUCUAGGUCAAACUGGUAAAUUUAAUCCCUAAUUUGGUUUAAUCAGGUAAAUUUUACAAUUUAUUUUGGUUUAAAUACAGAUGAGUUUUUAACCUAAUCUGAUUUAAACAGGUGAUCUCAAUCCUUAAUCUGGUUUAAAGAGGUGAGUUUCAUCCUAAAUAUGAUUUAAACAGGUGAGUUUAAUCCUUAAUCUGGUUUAAAGAGGUGAGGUCAAGACUCAAUCUGGUUAAAACAAGUAAAUUAAAUCCUUAAUCUGGUUAAAACAGGCAAGAUUAACCCUUAAUCUGAUUUAAACAGGUGAGUUUAAUCUUUAAUCUGGUUUUAAACGUUGAGGUAAAGACUUAAUCUGGUUUAAACAGGUAAAUUUAAUCCUUAAUCUGGUUUAAAAUGUUGAGGUAAAGACUUAAUCUGGUUUAAGUGAGGUCACAUUAAACUCAAACAAAGAUUAGAAUAAAACAGUUUCUCUUCGUCUUCAGUCUGAAAUAAUCCAGAUUAUUUUAAGAACAGGGCCACCAUGACAGAGUGAAACUUUUAUUAACACAAUUAAACAUGGGAACACACACACUGUCUGUCUGUGUGUGCGUCUGUGUGUAACGUGUGUGUGUGUAAUGUGUGUGUAUUUCUGUGUUUAGUGUGUAGAAAACUUUGGCAGCUGGUUUCCCAGAAUGACCCGCCUCUCCACGCCAUCUUCAGAGAUGCUCGCCAGUCUGAUCACGCCCCCGCUGGAUCCGUCCCUCUCCAUCGCCAGAGACAGAGCUGAGACACGGACAGACAGGUGAGACACAGACAGGUGAGACACAGACAGACAGGUGAGACACGGACAGGUGAGACACAGACAGGUGAGACACAGACAGGUGAGACACAGACAGACAGGUGAGAUAAUGAGUUUCAGGAUUAAGACACAGUUUGUAGUUUUUGUGCAUUACAAGCAGCAGCCCUGCGGUGGACUACAUCUCCCAGCAUGCCUUGCGGCGUACCUGCAGCAGUCAGCUCCAGACACUGCUCUUUGUUCAGUCCUGGUUUGUAGUUGGAGUCCAUGAAGCCGUAGAUGUAGGUGCUGCCGCUGCCUCCCACCGACACGGGCUGCCUCACCAACAUCCCCCCGAUGGGAACGCAGUACACCUGACACACACACACACACACACACAGGUCAGCUGAUUGUUUCCCUCACCUGUACAGGUACACCCUCAGGUAAGCGCCUCACCUGUCCUCCCUUCCUGCGGUCCCAGCCGGCCACCAGGAUCCCGGCGGUCAGCUCCUCUCUGUACCGGUAACAGCUCGCUUUGAACAGGUUGGCCGCCGUCUCCACCAGCGGGGGCUCGUCCAGCUCGAUGCUGAGGGGGCGGAGCCACACACAGGUAAGACAAAACCACCACACCUGACUGGAUCCUGAGGCUGUCAAUCAAACUCUGUGUGUGUGUGUGUGUGUGUGUGUGUGUUACCUGUGGAAGCCCAGCUGGUAGGUGACCACAUCAGCAAUCGCCUGAGUGUCAGCAGCUGAUCCGGACCUGCAACACAUCAGAACCAGAACCUCAGUGACCCGCGCUUCAUUAACAGGUUCUCAGAUCAGGGUUCUAGAAGGUUCCUGUCUCUUUAGGAGACUUCCAGAACCCUGAAGUGAAUGUGGUCUGAACAGUUCCUGUUCACAGGGUCACGCUGGUUUUGGCUCUUUUAAAAGUUCACAAAGAAGUUUUUAUCGAGAUUCUCGGAGAGAAGAAAACAUGAGAGAGUUAUCAGAACAUGUCAGGAGGGAGAGUGACCUGCAGCAGAAGAUCCUGUCGUGGAUCGGAGUCAGUUUGUCCGUUACUCUGUUGGCGAUGUACGCUCUGAGGGAGAGAGAGAGAGAGAGAGAGAGAGAGAGAGAGAGAGAGAUUUAUACAAAGGUGGACUUUAAAAUGACCACCUGAAGAACACCUGCAGUCUCUUACUCACCCUGUGGUGGUGCGAGAGUCAGCACCAAUCACGACUCCACCGUCGUACUCCACCGCCAUGAUGGUGGUCUGAUGGACAGAGGGACGGGUUAUUUGGAGACACGACAAGAGCUGACUCAAGAGUUAGAAAUGAGGUUAAACCUCCUUCUAUCGUGUCGUUUAGAAAAGAGUCAUGGAUCACGGUCAGUGUUUGCUCUUUCUGAGGAUGUGAUGAUAUUUCAUUAAUAACCUCUCACCAGACCAUUUCAUACUUCAUUCUGAUUGGUCAAAACAUCCAUUCUCAACAUCUAAAGUGACUCCACAGACCAUCACAGGUCAUUUCCUGUGGAGAAAGGUUCUGUUUCCCCUCAGCCUGUUCACUCUGUGGUUUCAGAACCAGGUAGAAUAAAAUAAAGAGAUAAAAUAAGAAAAAAUAAAGAGACAAAAAGAUAAAAUGAGUAAAAAUAGAGAGAAAAUGUAAAAAAAAAUUAAGAAAAAAUAAAGAGACAAAAAGAAAAAAUAGAGAUAAUUUUUUUAAAAUUAAGAAAAAAUAGAUAAAUUGAGUAAAAAUAGGGAAAUAAAAAAAAUAAGAAUAAAUAGAGAAAUCUUAAAAAAAAUUAAGAAGAAAUAAAGAGAAAUUUUUAAAAAUAUAGAAAAAAUACAGAUAAAUAGAUAAAUUCAGUAAAAAUAAAGAGAUAAAUAGAUAAAUAAAUUUAAUAAAAGAGAUACAUUUAAUAAAAAUAAAAGCGAUAAAAAGGUAAAAUUAGUAAAAAUAAGUUAAAAAAAAACAAAAACAGAGAGAUAAUACCCAGGUAUGUAAACAUGUUGGUUCUGGUCUCUGACUGGUCUUGGACCGGGUCAAUAAAGACAGUUAUAAGAGCAGCCUGAAAACCCACUCAGACCACCUUCAGACUGAUGAUCCCCCUCGGUCCCAGGGAACCCGGGUCCGACAGAUUAGUUCUAAUUCAACAUCUGUGAACCUUCGUCCUCUGCCGUUUACAAUCAUGUUAUCACACAGAGCCCAUUAUCGGACACAGUCUUUGAUCAUAAACUUGUAAAUAUUACUAAAGUUAGCUCCUCAUUAAACUACAUUAGUGAUUCAGCUCUCCUAUUAAACUCUCCAUCAGGUCCGGGUCCAGUUCGGUUCUGUUCGGAGCUUCAGUUCGCCUCCUCCUCCUCAGAAGUGCUGUCUCAUUCAGCUGCUGUUACACUUUUAAAAACUCCCCACAGAGGCCGAACCGGCUCCAUUCUGUCCGCCCCGGUCCACGAGGCUCUAGUACUCACCCCGGUGCUGACUUCCUGGCUGGUCCAGUCCGGUACCAGGUCGUUUUUGGAGGAAAUUUGCUGCCCGAAGAUCGGAACCAUCGCUGCUGUUGCCGCCAUCUUGUCUCUGUGAGGAUAAAGUAACCGGAAGAGGCGCCCUGAGAGGAUGCCGCCGUUACUGAGACACUUAUCAACUUCAGACUCUGUGAGGGCUUUCAAUAAAUAAUUAUCGAUCAAACUGCAUUUUUUUUUUCAUGUCACGAUCAGUUUUAAUCAUAUAACAGAAAUGACGGAGCUAAAUUCACGUCGAAAUGCUGCUUUAAAAUAGUUUUGUUAAGGCAUGUCAGCGGACACCUGUUUGGGGGGGACCAUCCGGAGUGAGGCAGGAAGAGAAGGUAAACACGGCUGAUGUUGAGAAAAAACGACUCAAAAACCUCCAUUUAAACAUUUAAUUUGUCUGUUUUUACAACAAAGUCAGUUUCUUUCUCACAUCUUUGUUGUUGACUUAUAGAAAUGUUUCCCUAUAAGAGCGCAAACGGGUUUUUUAGACCGUCCUCAGCUGACUGGACCGAACCGAACCGGAGAAAAGAGAGACAGACAUGAAAUAAAACAACAAAUACCUGAAAAUAUUACUGUUUAGAAAAGGGGCGGAGUCUUUAAUUCUGCUGAUAAAAGGACGAAAAUAUGUGUUUUUAGAUCCUAAAAAAACAAACUUUAUUUCGGUCCAAUUAAAGGUUCUGUCGGGGUUUUUUAACUGGAUGAGAAACGGACUAAAACUGGUUCUGAUGUGGUUUAGUGUUGUGGUUCGACCUUAGUACUGUUAUUAGAAAUCAAUUUUAGGUCUUUUGGUCACAUGACAGUGAAGCUAUUGAAGGAAAACAGCCUUUUCUCAGAACAUCAACCGGUAAUUUAUUGACGGUCCCUUAUUCAACACCGACGUUGACAGUGAGGGUGUCGAGUAGAUUUAACCGCGCUGCUGUUGUUAUUCCCGGUUAUGGAGAGUGAGAAGAGCGAUAGUUUUUUUUUUCGUAGAAUGGUAGGGGAAGGUCCCGCCCUCCUUUGCCUCUGAUUGGCUAGAAAUGCUGGGCUCCGAUUGGUUAUUGCUUAUGGCUGUGAAAUGUCCUCCAGAUUAAUGCUGUGUUCCAGUCACCUUGGAAGUCGGCUGUUGAAGUUGGGAACAACGUUAUACCCGUUCCAGUUAACAAGUCGGAUAUAAGAGGUCACACUUUGGCCACAGGGGGGCAGCAGAACCAACACAGACCGAAAAGUCUUGAGAGGAGCUUUAAAGUCUGACUCUGAGUGUGUUUGUGUUUCAGAUGACGGUCCAUAACCUGUACAUAUUUGACCGUAACGGCAGCUGUCUCUAUUAUAACGAGUGGAACCGCAAGAAGCAGGCCGGGAUCUCCAAGGACGAGGUGAGGGGACGGACGCGGACGAGACCGAAGGAUGAGAGAGUGAAACGCUCAAGGUCCCAUCAAUCUAACCCUGCUGUCUGUCUGUCUGUGUGUCUGUGUGUCUGUCUGUGUGUCUCUGCAGGAGUUCAAGCUCAUGUAUGGGAUGCUGUUCUCCAUCCGGUCGUUUGUCAGUAAGAUCUCCCCUCUGGACAUGUAUCCUUCAGAUAUCUGCCUGCCUGUCCGUCUGUCUGUCUGUCUGUCUGUCUGUCUGUCUGUCUCCCCACCUGUCCGUCUGUGGUCCUUAGCAGCCCGUGUGUCCUCAGGAAGGACGGCUUCCUGUCCUUUCAGACCAGUAAAUAUCGUCUUCAUUACUACGAGACGCCCAGUGGACUGAGGUUUGUGAUGAACACAGACCUGUCCGUCACCAACGCCAGAGAGACGCUGCAGCACAUAUACAGCAAUGUAAGACAGGCUAAGACUUAUUAUUAUUAUUAUUAUUAUUAUUAUUAUUAUUAUUAUGAUUAUCAAUAUUAUUGUCAUUAUUAUUAUUAUUACUGUUAUUAUUAUUAUUAUUAUUGUCAUUAUUAUUAUUACUGUUGUUAUUAUUAUCAAUAUUAUUGUCAUUAUUAUUAUUACUGUUGUUAUUAUUAUCAAUAUUAUUGUCAUUAUUAUUAUUAUUACUGUUAUUAUUAUUAUCAAUAUUAUUGUCAUUAUUAUUAUUACUGUUGUUAUUAUUAUCAAUAUUAUUGUCAUUAUUAUUAUUAUUACUGUUAUUAUUAUUAUCAAUAUUAUUGUCAUUAUUAUUAUUACUGUUGUUAUUAUUAUCAAUAUUAUUGUCAUUAUUAUUAUUACUGUUGUUAUUAUUAUCAAUAUUAUUGUCAUUAUUAUUGUUACUGUUAUUAUUAUUAUCAAUAUUAUUGUCAUUAUUAUUAUUACUGUUGUUAUUAUUAUCAAUAUUAUUGUCAUUAUUAUUAUUACUGUUAUUAUUAUUAUCAAUAUUAUUGUCAUUAUUAUUAUUACUGUUAUUAUUAUUUAUUUAUUUUAAACAUAAUAAUGAUCCUGUGAUAUCACUGUAAAAAACAACAGUUUAGAUUGAAGAGUUACUGAGCCAAGUAUGGAUCAAUAUCAUCACGAUUACACCUUAUCUGUGUGUGUGUGCGUGUGUGUGUGUGUCCCUCAGCUGUAUGUGGAGUACAUCGUGAAGAACCCGGUGUGUGUGUUGGGUCAGACUUUGGACAGCGAGCUCUUCAGCAACCGUCUGGACGCCUUCAUCAGAGCUCUGCCCUACUACAGCCCCCGAGCUGCAUAAUACACACACACACACACACACACUAACUCACACACAGAGUUUUAAUGUAAUGUUUAUCCUGAAUUUGUUGUUGUUUUUGUGAAUCUGUCGUAUUAAAUGUUUCCAAACAUGAA